AUGGAGAAGAACGGGCGGAGCGGCGAUAGCGGCCCCCGUGGGCCCGUACUGCACAUCGCGGUGGUCGGCUUUCAUCACAAGAAGGGCUGCCAGGUUGAAUUCUCUUACCCGCCCCUGAUUCCAGGAGAUGGACAUGACAGUCACAUUCUACCUGAAGAAUGGAAGUAUUUGCCCUUCCUUGCCUUACCAGAUGGCGCACACAACUACCAAGAAGAUACUGUGUUUUUUCACUUGCCACCCAGAAAUGGAAAUGGAGCCACUGUAUAUGGUAUCUCUUGCUAUCGACAAAUUGAAGCCAAGGCAUUGAAAGUACGGCAAGCAGAUAUCACGAGAGAGACCGUUCAGAAAAGUGUCUGUGUUCUAAGCAAGCUGCCUCUCUAUGGCUUACUUCAAGCAAAACUUCAGCUCAUUACACAUGCAUAUUUUGAAGAGAAGGAUUUUUCCCAAAUUUCCAUUCUAAAGGAGCUCUAUGAACAUAUGAAUAGUUCCCUGGGAGGAACUUCAUUAGAAGGAUCCCAGGUAUAUCUUGGUCUAUCUCCUCGAGAUCUUGUGCUUCAUUUUCGACACAAGGUCCUAAUCCUGUUUAAACUAAUUCUUCUUGAAAAGAAGGUUCUCUUUUAUAUUUCUCCAGUGAAUAAAUUGGUGGGCGCCCUGAUGACGGUGUUAUCCCUUUUUCCAGGCAUGAUUGAACAUGGUCUCAGUGAUAGUUCUCAAUAUAGACCCCGGAAGAGUAUGUCUGAAGAUGUUGGGCUUCAAGAAAGUAAUCCCGCUGAAGAUGAGUUUGUUUCUAUGCCUGCUCCUGACAUUUCAAAUACCAACUUGGAAAGUGUUGAGAAAAUCAUGAUGAGAAACCAUGGAAGAGAUGCUCCCAUCAAGACUGAAGAGCCUUUGUUCCAGGUAGAUGAUGACAGCAGUGAAGGACAGGAACCCAAUGACAGCAAUCAAUAUUUGAAACCUCCUUCUCGCCCAUCUCCAGAGUCUUCAGAAAGUGACUGGGAGACCUUGGAUCCUAGUGUCUUAGAGGACUCCUCCUUGAAAGAAAGAGAACAGGUGGGAUCAGAACAGACAAACUCAUUUCCAAAGGACUCUUUGCCCUCAGACAGUCCUCCGAUUACUGUACAACCUCAAGCUAACACAGGCCAGGUAGUCCUGAUACCAGGGCUAAUUUCCGGUUUGGAAGAGGACCAGUAUGGCAUGCCCCUGGCCAUCUUCACAAAGGGAUAUCUGUGUUUGCCUUAUAUGGCAUUGCAGCAGCAUCAUCUUCUCUCUGAUGUCACCAUUCGAGGAUUUGUUGCUGGAGCUACUAACAUCCUUUUUCGACAACAGAAACACCUCAGUGAUGCCAUUGUGGAAGUGGAAGAAGCUCUGAUCCAGAUCCAUGAUCCAGAACUCAGGAAGCUGCUUAACCCAACCACUGCAGACCUAAGGUUCGCAGAUUACCUAGUGAGGCAUGUGACCGAGAACCGGGAUGAUGUCUUCCUGGAUGGCACAGGCUGGGAGGGAGGUGACGAAUGGAUUCGAGCCCAGUUUGCAGUCUACAUCCAUGCACUGCUGGCCGCCACACUGCAGUUAGAUAAUGAAAAGAUCUUAUCAGACUAUGGGACGACCUUUGUUACAGCAUGGAAGAACACUCACAACUACAGGGUCUGGAACAGCAACAAGCAUCCAGCACUUGCAGAAAUAAAUCCGAACCAUCCUUUCCAAGGCCAGUAUUCAGUGUCAGACAUGAAGUUAAGAUUCUCACAUUCUGUUCAAAACAGUGAACGUGGCAAAAAACUUGGAAACGUCAUGGUCACAACGAGUCGGAAUGUUGUGCAAACAGGAAAAGCUGUUGGCCAGUCAGUUGGAGGAGCUUUUUCCAGUGCAAAGACAGCCAUGUCUUCAUGGCUUUCUACUUUCACCAGUUCCACUCCACAGAGUCUCACUGAGCUGCCUGACGGGAAACCCUGAGCAGAGCAAGCCACCCAGAAGCUGCUGUCGCUUUCUUAGGUUUAAGCGUCCCCUGUCUGUCUGCUGCUCCCAGACUGUUCCUCUUCAUCGACCACAGGUCCACAGCAGGGACCAAUAGGUCGAACUGUUUACAGGGACGGUUGCCCUCUGUGUAAAUGAAUGUCACGGGAUGCUGAAAAGACGAAACCACAAGCAUAGCAGGGACGGCUUCCCAGGUUGGGGUUUAAAUUGACUUUUAUUUUAGUCUGAGUCUGAUUGAAACACAGUGAACGUUC